AUGAGCCACCCAACACACCCAGCCACAGUGCACUUCCCCAUCACCACCACCUUCCUCACAGGUGCUCUGGAUGCCGUCUACUUCCUCUCUAAGUAUGCGCCGACCGCCGGCGCCGUGGCCUCGACCUUCAAGACCUUCGACAUCGCCAUAGACCCGUCCGUCUUCCCCCUUCUCUCGUACUAUACCACGCUCCUCACGCUCCUCUUUUCCGCCCCGGCGGUCGCGACCGGCAUGUACGAAUUCAUCCCGUUAGUCAAGCGCGACGGCUUGAAGUCGAGGAAGGCGCAGGUGGGCGCGCUACACGCUGUUAUCAAUGAUGUAACAGUUUUAGGGGCAGCGUACAACUGGUGGACACGGAGGGGGAACCCGGGUAUGAUGCCGAGCGAUACGAAUAUCCUGAUCAGCAGUGUCAUCGCGCUGCCGGCGACUAUGUUCGCGGCGUACCUAGGCGGCAGUCUGGUGUAUGUUUACGGCAUGGGGUUCAGGGGUGGGCAAGCGAAGGCGAAGAAGGCGCAGUAA